GUCUCCCACUCCCUCCCUCCCCAGCCGAAGCAACCCAAGAGGAAAUCAGAAAUUUCACAACCGGAGACAUGACUCGCAGGAACGCGGUGGCGAUGGUGUUCGCGUUAACCCUGGUGUCAUCCGUUCGCUUGCCUUCGUGUGUGGUGGGGGCAGAGGCGGAGAGGGAAGCUUGUUCCGAGAACCACGUCGCCACGCUGAAAUAUCCCUGUAUCAAGGCAUCCGGGGAGACCUCCACGUGUUUAAGGAGGAAAUGUUGCAAGGGUUACAGAUUUGUGCUUGGCCAGUGUAUUCCUGAGGAUACGGAUGUUUGUGCCGGCUCACCCUGUGAACAGCAGUGCACCGACAGUUUUGGGCAUGUUGUCUGCACCUGUUACCCUGGAUAUCGUUUUGACCGAGAGCGACAAAGGAAUCAUCGUACGCCCUACUGCCUGGACAUUGAUGAGUGCUUAGUGCACAAUGGCACACUUUGUCAUCACAAGUGUGUGAACACACAAGGAAGCUACAGCUGUGAAUGUCGAGAAGGAUUCUACUUGCAACUCGAUGGCAAGUCCUGUCUCGGAGCUUUCAAUGACAGCAGUGCAAUUAAAUCUGAACACCUGAUGAGUGCUGGCACUUGUUCUAUGACGUGUGAGGAGUUUCGACAGAUGAAGCAGACUUUAACGCAACUCAAGCAGAGGCUGCUGCUGACAAACCUGGACAACUCCAGCGAAAAGAUACAGUCAAGGAAAUGCGCAGAAAGACUGCAGUGUGCACCACACAUAAUGGAUCAUCGUGGGGUGCCCGGACCUCCUGGUUCACCUGGACGCCCAGGAGAUCGAGGAACGGUGGGGCCAGGGGGUGCACCGGGAGCCCCUGGCCCACGGGGUCCCAGGGGCCACAUGGGUCCAAUGGGCCCCACCGCUGAUCUGCUCUCCGUGAAGCGAGGGAGGCGAGGUCCAGUGGGCGCAACUGGGACUCCGGGGAAGAAUGGAAUGAAGGGUGACCGGGGACUUCCUGGCCCAAGGGGACUAGCGGGUCCACCUGGGUCAUUUGAUUUCCUGCUGCUGGUGAUGGCGGACUUCAGACACGAUAUCAUCGAACUGCAGGAGCGGGUGUUUGGGGAACGGCGGGGCAUAACUCUCGACACGCUGCCCUGGGACUCACAAGACAUGGGGUCUGGCCACGAGGAGACGAUUCCCACAGAGUCUUCCAGUCGCAACAGGUGACCACAUCUCCUCUGCUCCACCCUGUGAGGAGCCAUGGCCUCAUUGUAUUCUUCUGAGAGUUAGUCAGAUCAAUCAAUGUCCAUGGAUCGAUCGUGCCACAAACUACUUGUCGGAACAGAGUGAAUGUACCAUGCUUUGCUGCCACUUGUUUCAAAGAGGGAAUGUAACCUGCGUUGAUCCCACUGACAGACCAGUUUUUUAUCACUCUAUCCUCUAAUGCAUACCUCAAACAUUAACAACAUCACGCUUCUUUACAAAGAUUCACUGUGUAUCUUCAUAAGUUUGUGAGUCAUAGGAGCAGAAUUAGACCAUUCGGGCUAUCGUGGUUGAUCAAUUUCCCCCCAUUUUCCUGCCUUCUCCCCAUAAAGGGCCUGUCCCACCAGCAUGCAAUAGCGUGGUCGCUUGAGGCGUACGGCCGUGCGUUCCCACUGCGAACCGCGGAGGCGUAUGGAGUUGUG